AUGCUUGCAUCCGCAAAGGCCCUAUGGCCGAGCCUGCUGCUGUGGCUGGGACUGCUGUUUCUCGGCGUCUUGGGCACACGCCCCAACAACAAAUCGUUUACGACCCUCAAGAUCGGCGUCAUUCUGCCUUCGUGGCCGGGGCCGUUCGAUAGCACCUGGGGCUAUGCUAUCAACGAUGUCUACUAUGCAGCGCAAAUGGCCGUGCGAGAAAUCAAUGCCAAUUCAUCGAUCCUGCCUGAUGCGACGCUGCAGCUCAUGUUCAACGCAUCGGCAGGAAAGUACGCGCUGGGCUCCAUCGUGGCUGCGGAUUUUAUCUCGAGGAAGAAUGCUGUGGCUUUGAUGGGCGACUUUGACCCAACUAUCACUGUCUACGAGGCAUUUGUCUCGACCCACUAUCAGAUCCCGCAGUGCGGAAUCCUGACAAUAUCGUCAACACUCUCCCAAAAGUCGCAGUUUCCCACUUACUUUUACCUCAACUUUGACGAAAGCCAAAAGGCUAUUGCGUUGGUGCAGUAUGCCUAUUCGAUGGGCUGGCGCAAGAUUGCCAUCAUGUACAACGCCGACGACCUGGGCAUCACACUCUCUGAUGUUGCUCAAGCAGCAGCCGUGAGCUUGAACAUGACAGUGUUGCUGAAGCAGGGAUAUUACGAAAACCAAGACAAAGUCGGAAUUCUAACUGAACUGGACGAGCCUCUGCAGAAUCUGAAGAACUCGGGGGCACGCAUCGUGGUCGUGUGCGGAGAAAGCAGCGUGAUCACAGACGUGUACUUUCGAGCCCUCAAUGUUCGGAUGAUCGGGCCAUAUUACGCUUGGCUGGGUAAUCAGCCGCUCAUCCUGAACACAACGACGCUGUCUGUCUACGGGCCCAACGCAAAUGACACUCUGAAGAAAUCGCAGGGAUAUAUCUUCACCCAAGAAAACGUUUACGAAUUCACAACAAGCUCCGCGACUGCGUGGGCUGCCAAGUGGGCUCAACUCAACGCCCAAAACGCCUCGAUGUACUACAUCGAUCCGAUCCUCAACGGUCCCUCCGUGGCAGCAAGAGCCGCGUAUGACACCAUCUAUCUAUCACCGGGUCUCACCGCCAAGAACCUCACUGCCACGACAUACUACGAUCCAACCAAUCUGCCUUUGCUGCGCUAUUCUGGUGCCAUGGGACCAAAAUCAUUUGAUAUUCUCGUGGUCAACCAAACGACUCCAACGGCUUCCCCAGCAUUCCUGAAAUACGGCAGCAGUCUCGGCGCUCUGGUGAACUGUACCAACUGCUAUGGGUUUCUCAAUUCGAAUCUGCAACCGAUGGUCCCAAUCUGCGAUCCCGGGUGGCAGCUGGCAGCCAACGGUAGCACCACAUGCCUGCCAUGCACUUCCGGAACAUACAACUUGGAUUACAACUCAACGUGCAAGACGUGCCCAUCCGGAGCCGGCUGCCAAGAAGACGCCAUCUGGACGUUGCCCAACUUUUGGAAGAAUCCGUACGAAAGCGACCUGACAAAGUCCUUCUAUGAGUGCGACUACGGUGGUCCAUGCUGCCCUAACUGCACCGAUAGUCCCGAUAGUAUCUACCAACCUUUGUGCUCCAGCCUGCAUUCUGGGAUCCUGUGCGCAGAGUGUCCCCCAGGACUCUACGAGUGGGGAGGGGUGUGCACGCCCUGCAACGCUUCGACAGCCUGUGGCAUCGUCACAGUGUACUUUGUCAUAGCAUAUUUGCUCCUGGUGCUUUUUCUGUUGCUGAUUCCCAAGGCAGCCGGAGGAUUUGUCUCGGACAUGAUAUUCAUCUACCAGAUGGCUUAUAUCAUCGACGAGACCAAGGACUCGUUCGGCGUCGCCAUUGUUCUUGGUGCUACGCUGCCGUCGCAGAUCUGCAUCGCACCCGUCGGCCCAUUCUGGAAGUUGAUUUCCGGAUUUGCGGUUCCACCGCUCCUGUUGGUGCUGUACGUCAUCGUCGCAUCAUGUUUGGUGCUGCUUAGGAAGGCAGCGGCACAUAGUGCACCGAUCAAGACACUCUUCAAGCGGAUCAUGUCCAUCAUUCCAUACCUUCAAGGCGCAUUCGAGAACAACUUGCGAUCGACUGCAUAUCUUCUCUCGCUGUUCUGUAUCGUGCCGAUUUAUCAAACAGCCGUCGAGGUUCUCAGUUGCAGAUAUGUUGUGUCGUAUGGACUAGUUGUGCAGAGCUUUCCGACCAUCCAGUGCUGGACGGGCUCCCACAUUGCCAUUGCCGGAGUCUCGUGCAUCAUCCUGAUCACCAUCACAGCUGGCCUGCCGAUAUGGCUCUGGAUAUUCCUCCGCGGCAUGGAUCGCCGAGACCACCUGCUGCUGACGGAUCAACAGCGGGUCCCGCUCGGCAUGCAGCCUCCGAGCUAUGUGCUCUAUGGGCUCUACAACCCCAAACUAUACUGGUGGAUCUCUGUGGAUAUAUUCGAGCGAACGUCGUUCUUCAUCAUCCUCACGUUCCUCUCGAGCGAUGAAUACCCUCGAACAAUCGGGCUAAUCUUCACGACCUGGUUUUGGUUAUUGAUGAGAAUAUUUGCGAUGCCUUACAAAGCCAAGCUGGACAACGCCGUCAAAGUCAUUGGAUACUCGAGUCUGAUAUUAGUCUCGGCUCUGAAACUGCAGAAGAUCAUUCCGGCCACGGCAGCGGUCGCCUCGUCCCUGAGCGACUCGACGCUGAAUCGCGCAAUCCUCACCCAGGAAAACUUUUAUCUGUUCUUUCCGUUUGCCCUCCUGAUCCCAAUUCGGAUCCUAUCGAUGUUAUCGGACGCCACACGACAGAAGCUGCUGAAGUGCUUGGGUCUCAUAUGGCUCCAUAGGCCGCAGGACAACAUACACAAGGACUUUGAUGCUGUUGAGGGGGAAUGCACUAAAGAUGCCGUCGCCGAGAAGUAGUGGCCAUUGGCUGCCGAGGACAAUGGCACAGUCGUCACUGCUGCGUGCGGCCUGCUGCCCGCUGCCUGCUCUUCAUGGAGCCCCGGCACUGCCUUCCCCCCCCCCAACGACCCCUACACACGCUUUUGUUACUCUUGCUCUGGGUCCUGCACUAUGAAAAAAUUUCUUGUUAAUAAAAUGAGCGAG